GCAGUUGUUUACACCGGAAGUAGGACAGGCUUUACGGAAGCCUAUCGCUAAUUUGUGUGGCUUCGAAGCCAUGAUUGGAUCCAACCACCGGGUCUGCAAGAGGUAAAUAACUUAUCUGUAGGAUGCAUUGAUGGUUAGGGAUGUUGGUCGGUUAUAGCAGCAGCUCGGAGGAGGACGGUGAGCUCGGAGGUGUAUCGACGACCCGGGCUAGCCGAAGGUCGGUGGUGGAAGAUGAGGGUAACCAAGACCUUCCAGCGAAAAAGAAAGCCAGAACCGAGGGGCUGGAUCCUAAAGCGAGACUGCCUCUGCCCGGUUGCCUCCUCAGUAUGUUUCCUGAUGACGAUGAUGACGCCCAGACUGGUGACAGCUCCCUCCAUGGUGGACGCAUCCGCUCCUUCAAGCACGAGAGAGGAAACUGGGCCACUUACGUUUAUGUGCUGUACCCUCCCGAGAAGGAGUUUGAGGAGCUUCUGGAGGAGUUGCUGUCAGCCUUGGGGGCUCAUGGUCUGAUUCUGACCCGGCAGGAGGAGUUCCACCUCAGUCUGUCUCAAACGGUGGUGCUUAGACACCAUUGGAUCCAGCCGUUUACACAAAGCCUCCAGGCAGGCCUUUCUAACUGCAGAAGGUUUGUGUGUUCAGCAGCAACACUGAAGGUCUACUGUAAUGCUGAGAGAACGAGGACCUUCUUGGGGAUGGAGGUGUCCACCGGGCAUGCUCAGUUGUUGGAUCUGGUCCGAGCUGUCGACAAAACAAUGACUGAAUUUCGAUUGGACACUUUCUAUAAGGAUCCAUCUUUCCACGUGAGUCUGGCCUGGUGUGUGGGAGACCAGAUGGAGAAGAUGAAGGAGAUCCUACAUGAGCUUCAGAGUCUGGUCGAUAAUCAUGAAGAAGGCACAUUUCUGUUGAGGUUGCCCUGUGCAGACGUUUGCUGCAGGACAGGAAACAAGACUUUUCGUUUCCCCCUGAAGCCGUAAAAACCUCACAGGGGAAGAGUUUCAGUCGGCUUGCUUAGUGUCUGCGAGUCACUGCUGCAAAGCCACAAAAACUGACCAGAUGUUACAGAUGACCACUUUUAUUAUGUCUACAACUUGAUCUGUGACCCAUCAAAGACAAGUCAGAGCCACAUUUUAUUUUUGUAUCAAAAAUAAAUUAUUUGAUUAAAGCUG